AUAAUAAUUUAAAGCUAAAAAAGUAAUACUUUUACAUUUAUUUAUACCUAUACCCUCUUUUUUACAAAGAUCGAAAAACAUGCAGAAUCAAUGCAUCAAGAAGUUUUUCAUUAAUCCCUUUGUCGCUUCACGUUAAAAGAGUUAUGCUCUCAUAUGUUUUCCCGUUUUGACUUUCGAUUUCAGCCAUCCUUUUGCUUCAAAUGCACAGGACAAGCGCUUACAGGGCGGGAGUGCUGCAUCGCAUUGUGCUGAGUACGGGGCGUAUGAGUAAUAUGCCAAUUACACAUUUUGUGCAUUCUCCUGUAGCUUGCUCGCGCAGCUGCUUACAUUUUUACGUUUCUUUUUUUCCGCGUCAGCGCUUUAAAAAUAUUUUUGUUUAUUCAACUUUUUUGUGUCGCCUGUACCUUCUCAGCCACGUGGGUGUUAUUUGGGUGGGUGUUUGUUUAUUCUUCUGCAGCGGCAUUGCGUAUACGAGGUGGUGGCUGGAAGCGGCUUUGAGCCGUAUAAAGUUGUCUAAGCUUGCCAGACGAUUUAGAAAAGCAAAAGUAGUAAAAUUUGCAAAGCUCUUUGAAUGAAACUGACGUGGGCGCAAAUAUAAAAUCGGAAAGAAACGUAUAAAAAUGUAAUUCAUAUAUGUAAAUCAAGUUUACAGUCCUCUUUAUUCUGAAUAAGUUAAGUGGUGUUAAAGUUUUAUCAGUUCUUGCAAAAAAAUUUGCAUUUACCUUGGUCUGUAUAUUCCAUAUUUCAUUUAAAUAUGCAUGGCUUUUUUUCAUAGGGGUAUAUCGCUUAUAUAAAAAAGUGUGAACUACUAAUUUCAGCUUAUUUUAACACAGGUAUUCAACAUGAAGUGGUGUGCAAAUUUGUUGGUUGCCUAGUUUUUUGGCUACCUUUAAUCCUUAUAAAAGAAAUGUGGAGUUGCUUAAUCACGAACCAGUAAUAAAAAUAUGUUCAAAAAACGAAUUGGCUUCUGUGGAGGAACUUUGGCUAGACCAGAAAGUGGAUCAUUUUGAUAAGCACAACAACAAAACCUGGAAAAUGUAAUGCCAAGUAUUUCAAGCCCGAAGGACCCAUUUACAUUUUUGUGGGAGGAGAAUGGAGAAUCAGUCCAGGAUUAUUGAGCACUGGAUUAACCCACGAUAUGGCAGUGGAAAACUCUGGAAUGCUUUUCUACACUGAGCACCGCUAUUAUGGGCUAUUAUGGGCUCACCCUUUGGCAAUGAGAGCUAUCGACCGAAUAACCUCAAGAAACUAGGUCUUCAUCAAUCAUUUGCUGACUUGGCUCACUUCAUACGCCACCAGAAGUCAAAUAGUCCCGAAAUGAAAGACUCCAAAGUCAUUUUGGUUGGCGGCUCUUAUUCGGGCAGCUUGGUGGCCUGGAUGACUCAACUGUAUCCGGAUUUAAUAGCUGCCAGCUGGGCCUCCAGUGCUCCAUUAUUGGCGAAAGCCGAUUUUUUUGAAUACAUGGAAAUGGUCGGCAAAUCAAUUAACUUAAGUUAUGGUCACAACUGUUCUUUGCGAAUCGAAAGGGGCUUUAAAUUCUUGGUGAAGUUAUUUGAUGGCGAUGAAAUUCAGGAGCUGCUUUAUAAUCUUAAUGGCUGCAAGGGUUAUAGAUCCAAGAAUCCUUUAGAUAGGGCAGCUUUCUUCAAUGGGCUGGGAAACUAUUUUGCUUUAGUGGUGCAAAGUUAUAGUGCUUAUAUACCCCGGCUUUGUGAGACUUUGAUGAAUUUAGGUUCCGAUGAUGAGCUGGCAUUCAUAGAGUUCUUAAAACUGCUUUAUUCUGAAGGAAGGCGCUCCAUUGAUUGCCAGGACUUUGGAUACUCUUCCAUGCUAGAACUUUUCUCUGGGGAUUCAGAUGAAAGUUCGGAAACUCGUGCUUGGUUUUAUCAAACCUGCAAUGAAUUCGGCUGGUACACAACUACAAAAUCCUAUUCAUCCGCGUCCCAAACCUUUGCCAAUCAGGUGCCCUUGGGCUACUUCAACCAACUUUGCCAGGAUGCGUUUGGCGCGGAGCAGACUGCCCAGCAAUUGGCCCAGGGCGUUGAGCAGACGAAUAGCAAAUUCGGCGGAUGCGGGUUCAAUCAGAGCGAGCGUUAUGCUCAGGUAAUCUUCACGCAUGGCGAACUGGAUCCGUGGAGUGCUCUUGGGCAUCGAAAGGGUGACCAGGCAAUAGUCCUGACGGGCUACUCGCACGUCGAGGAUUUGGCCAGCAUCCAGGUGACGGACAGCGUGGAGAUGAAUCUGGCCAAGCUGCGUGUUAUGUCCUUUCUGCGACGCCACAUAUGAAUCAUACUGGGUCCACACAUUUAGAUCCACUCGAAUAAAUUAUUAAACUAACAAAUGCGCCGUGUGAUGAGCCCAUUUGAAAAUGUCAGGGGAGCAGUUCCUCGUGUCCUUUUGCAAACAAAGUGAUAAAUUGAGUGAUGCUUGGACACUAAGUGAUAUGUUUGGUCCGAUGGGUUGCGUAAACAAUUUUCCCGAAUGCGGCAUUCUUGUUGAUUAGGAAAUUGCACUUGUCCUUUGGCUUGUGCAUUUCCUCCUGUUUGUUUGUCUUGGCUUGAUUGGUUGAUUAAGGGAUUCAUUGAGUGGACACCUACGCCUCCACUUAUGUGGUGUUUGUGAAAAAUUUCUUGACUGGAAGUAAAGUCAUAGUUGUCCCAAACAGACUUCCUCUAGCCUGGCCAAGUUGAUAUAUAUUAUUUUAGAGACUAACAGUUAAUAAUGGUUCAUCUUAUUAAAAUAUCAUUUGAAUAGCUAAAUACAGCUUAAUAUUUAAAAAUUCUCUUACGCUAUUACAACAUAACCAAAAUCAAAUUCAAAAUGCGCCAUCAGUCGCAAGAAACAGACUUCUGAUAGUUUUAGGUUCUCAUAUAAAUAUAUACGUUGCAAAUUAAAUUUAAAAUGUAGUUUCCCUUUUCCAUAAUUAACUAAGAAUUAAAGUCUGGGAAUAAAAUAUACCAUGUCCAAA